GGCGAAUGUUGUGUGCCUGAAACCGCCGUGAAACCGAGUUGCAGAGCGUCAUGGAUGUACUAGUUCGUGUCUUGUUAGCUGCUGUUCUGUGUUGGAUGACACUGCGGGUAAAAGGACUGACUAUAACUGUGAAUAAUGGUCAGAACAGUAUAUCCGUUUCCAAUGACAACAUGACGAGGAUCAGUGUGUAUGACUUUGAGUUUGUUAGUUCACCAAGUAGUAGUAGUAGUGAUUUCAACAGAGCUCUGAGGUGUCAGUCUGAACUGUCUGCCUCUGAUGUCACUGAGUCUACUCAUGUCUGUCGUGUUGGUGGUGGAGGUAGUCCAGUCACUUGUAAUGCGGGAAGCAACAACACACACACAAUAGAGUGGCGUAAUGACCGCGGAAUAACUCGAGGAUGGAGUGGAAGGAGAGUAGCUAAUGAAGGUAGUCGUAGAGUACACUACAUUUGGAGAAGGUCGCAAACUCCAGAGGAAGGAUAUAUCAACUGCUAUUUUCGUUUAGACACAAACGAACUAGUAGGACUGUAUGUCCUCUACCCCAUCACUGAGGUAACUGCAGCUAUUGAGGUGGAGGCAGGAACAUUGACAUUCAGAGUGAGGUGUACCUCCACUGGUGGUAGAGCUCUCAACAUGGCCGUCUCUGGACCUGGUGGAUACAACUCUGACAUCAGUACCAACAUACAGCCAAUUGAUACUCCACUGUUUCUGAGUAAUGACAGAUACACUGCCAGGACAGAAGUCAUAUCCAGUGGCAUGGUUGGAGAUGUAUUCCAGUGCAAUGUCACUAGUUUUGCAUCAAAGACUGGCAGUGUGACUUUGAGAGCUGCUGCUUCAACCAUCACUGGACUAAUGCAAACUGCUCUUACCACUGUCAUGGUGACAUGGACUCCACCACUAGAAGCCGCUGUGACUGGAUACACAGUACGCUACCGUCUUGCCAGUGGUAAUGGUGGUGAAGGGACUAAAACUGUUAGUCAAGGCUCCACCAGCACUCCAAUCAAUGAUCUCACUAACGGAGAGACAUACACCUUUUCAAUUGAGGCUAUUGCCAGCAACAUGCUACCUGGAGUAUCUGAGGAGAUGACUAUUACACUGGCUCCUGACACUCCUGAAGGUGUGGUGACUGCUGCAGAAUCAUCCUCAGUCACUGUGUCCUGGGGGGCAGUGGAUGAUGCUGACAGAUAUACUGUCACAUUCUCUAUGGCUCAGGGAACCAAUCAGGAGGGACUAUGUCCUACUGACUCUCAUACUGCCACUCUGACAGUGGAUGUUCCCUCCACUACUGUCAGUAUUGCUGUAGGAGGAGAUGUGGGGUCAACAGUGACUGAUGAGUUGAGAGCCUACACCACAUAUGAGGUGACUGUGGAGGCAGUCAGUGAUGUUCGAGGUACCAGUCGACCCAGUGAGACCAGGAGAGUUCUAACACCACAGACAAGUGCAAGAGAGGCUCCUGGGGAUGUGAGAGCAGAGGCUGAGAGCUCCACUGAGAUCUCUGUCCAGUGGAGUGGCCUCUCCAACUGUAGACUGGUCAAUGGUCGAAUCACUCAGUACAGAGUUCGGUACACAGCAAAAGCUGACUGAAGACUAUGCAUUGGGAGAUGGUGAAGACUGGAGGAAUGGAGGACGAGUUACUCUGACUGGACUGACUCCCUCCACAAACUACUCCAUAUCAGUAGCUGCUGUGAAUGAGAAUGGAGAUGUUGGGCUCUACUCU